ACACAAAUGCUGACGCCAUUUUGUAUUGUCAAGUUAUUCGUGGUGAAAGUAAUUUCCAUUAAUAAAAAUAUCCCAAAUAAUACUUUAUAGUGAGUGCGUCUAUCGUUUUUACGUAUCAGGCGCAGGGUGCAUCGCUGCAUCCUCUGAAGCAUGAGUUAUCAAAUACCAUCUUCUCAGAGCCGUACAAUGUCCCACAGCAACUAUGGGGGCUCGGACGUGCCGAUGGCACAGAGCAAGGAGCAGCAGACUCUCAUGUGGCAACAGAACUCCUACCUCGUGGACUCUGGCAUCAACUCAGGAGCCGCCACUCAGGUUCCAUCUCUUACGGGCAAGGAAGAUGAUGAGAUGGAAGGAGAUCAGCUCAUGUUCGACUUGGACCAGGGCUUCGCCCAAGGGUUCACCCAGGAACAAGUUGAUGACAUGAACCAACAGCUGUCUCAGACACGUUCGCAGCGUGUACGCGCAGCCAUGUUCCCCGAGACCCUGGAGGAAGGCAUUGAGAUCCCGUCCACCCAGCUGGACCCGGCUCAGCCAACCGCUGUCCAGCGCCUCGCUGAACCCUCCCAGAUGCUGAAACACGCUGUUGUCAAUCUCAUCAACUAUCAGGAUGACGCUGAUCUUGCUACCAGGGCUAUUCCUGAGUUGAUCAAGCUAUUGAACGAUGAAGACCAAGUGGUGGUCUCCCAAGCUGCCAUGAUGGUCCACCAGCUAUCCAGGAAGGAGGCUUCGAGGCACGCCAUCAUGAACUCACCACAGAUGGUUGCCGCUCUAGUGCGCGCGAUCUCCAACAGCAACGAUCUUGAAACAACCAAGGGUGCCGUGGGAACCUUACACAACUUGUCACACCACAGACAAGGUUUGCUCGCUAUCUUCAAGAGUGGAGGCAUUCCCGCCCUGGUCAAGCUGCUCAGCUCCCCAGUGGAAUCUGUGCUGUUCUAUGCUAUAACCACCCUUCACAAUCUGUUGCUGCACCAGGAUGGAUCCAAAAUGGCCGUCAGGCUCGCUGGUGGUCUGCAGAAGAUGGUUGCUCUGCUUCAGAGGAAUAAUGUGAAGUUUCUCGCGAUUGUUACCGACUGCCUCCAGAUCUUGGCGUAUGGGAACCAGGAGUCCAAGCUGAUCAUAUUGGCGUCCCAGGGACCGAUCGAACUUGUACGCAUCAUGCGCUCUUACGACUACGAAAAGCUUCUUUGGACUACAUCCAGAGUUUUGAAGGUUCUGUCAGUGUGCUCGAGCAACAAGCCGGCGAUCGUUGAGGCGGGCGGCAUGCAGGCCCUGGCCAUGCACCUCGGUAACCCGAGCGGCCGCCUCGUCCAGAACUGCCUCUGGACGCUCAGGAAUCUCUCCGAUGCUGCCACAAAGCAGGUGGAGGGCCUCGAGGCGCUGCUGCAGAGCCUCGUCCAGGUUCUCGCGUCCACCGACGUCAACAUCGUCACCUGCGCUGCCGGCAUACUGUCCAACUUGACCUGCAACAAUCAGCGGAAUAAGGUGACGGUGUGCCAGGCGGGCGGAGUCGACGCACUCGUCCGCACAGUCGUGUCGGCCGGAGACCGCGAGGAGAUCACGGAGCCGGCGGUGUGCGCGCUGCGCCACCUCACCUCGCGUCACGUCGAAAGCGAGAUGGCACAGAACGCGGUGCGCCUGCACUUUGGACUGCCGGUGAUAGUGAAGCUGCUGUCGCCGCCGUCGCGCUGGCCGCUGGUGAAGGCGGUGGUGGGUCUGGUGCGCAACCUGGCGCUGUGCCCCGCCAACCAUGCGCCGCUGCGCGACCACGGCGCCGUGCACCACCUGGUGCGCCUGCUGUUGCGCGCCUUCAAUGACACGCAGCGGCAACGCUCGUCGGUCGGCGGCGGGACGGGCGGCGCGUACGCGGACGGCGUGCGCAUGGAGGAGAUUGUGGAAGGGGCGGUGGGAGCGUUACACAUCCUUGCGCGCGAGGGGCUGAACCGCGCGCUCAUACGGCAGCAGAACGUUAUACCGAUAUUCGUGCAGCUGCUGUUCAAUGAGAUUGAGAAUAUACAGCGCGUGGCGGCUGGCGUGCUUUGUGAGUUGGCUGCGGAUAAAGAAGGUGCGGAGAUGAUAGAAGCCGAAGGUGCCACUGCGCCGCUCACAGAGUUACUGCAUUCACGUAACGAAGGCGUGGCGACAUACGCGGCGGCGGUACUGUUCCGCAUGUCGGAGGACAAGCCGCACGACUACAAGAAGCGGCUGUCGAUGGAGCUCACCAACUCGCUGUUCCGCGACGACCACCAGAUGUGGCCCAACGAUCUCGCCAUGCAGCCCGACCUACAGGACAUGCUCGGGCCGGAGCAAGGUUACGAGGGGUUAUACGGAACAAGACCAUCGUUCCACCAGCAAGGCUACGAUCAGAUACCGAUAGACUCGAUGCAGGGUCUCGAGAUCGGCAGCGGCUUCGGCAUGGACAUGGACAUAGGCGAUGGCGACGCCGCCGCCUCCGCCGACCUCGCGUUCCCCGAGCCGCCGCACGACAACAACAAUGUCGCCGCUUGGUACGACACUGACCUGUGAACUGUCAAUAUGCCUACAGUCUUGUAACUGUCAAUCUACUUAUGCCUACUGAAUAACUGUCAAUUUGGUCUAUAGAAGUCUAAGCCCUCAUGCGCACGAGCACCUUUUUGACGCAGUUAAGUUGAAAAGUGAAGAUAUAAUGUGCAUUAGUGCAUUCUAUUAGUAAUGUAGAUAAAAUCGAACAUGUCGGGUCUAUAUUAUAAGCCGCGUGAACUGUAUCUCGGCAAAAAAAGGUACACUCGCGGUCACAUAUCGAAGUAAAAUUUAUCAUUUGAGUCUACAUGUACUUUCCAUCGUGUUAUAAAAAGAUGUCGUGUGAAUGAGGGCUACACCUAAAACUUACAUUUGUAUUGUAAAUGUAUUUAAUCCCACUCUUGAGACUUAUAUUCUGUUUACUAACAUACUAGUGGGAUUCAGUUUUCAUUUAUUUUACUCCUAAGGAAAUGACAGGCCGAAUUUUUAUACUAUUGACUUACCUUGAAAUGCUAACAAAAAUGAUUUUUGUGUUUGUUCAGUUGAAUUUGUGUGUUCAAUAAUGAUUUUCUUUGUAUUUUUAAAUUUAAAAAUAUCAAAGUAAGUUGAUUGUAACUGCAAUCUGUUAUGUUAUAUUUUAAGUUUUUUUUUAUUAUUAUUGAAAUUGAUCAUUUUUAAAUCAAAAUAUUAUAAAAUCAGAUAUACGGAUUCAUAUUACUUUUCUAUUGGUGCUAUUUGUAGACAGCCUAAUAUCGGAUUUUUAUAUAACAAUUUAUAUGAAGCAUGUCAGAUCUCGACUCGUCUACUUGUUCGAGUAAAGACUGGGACUGAGGCAAGCGUCGACUGCAAGAAGAUGGUACAAGGAAAUUUAUAGGCCGUUGGCAGACCUACGAGAUAUGGUCGGGUUAUGUCAAGACAAUGUUGAUAGUCAUCUGUUGGCUUGGAUUGGGUCGACAUCUGCCUCAUCAAUUUAUUUACUAAUGCAGUCGCCAUUUACCCCAGUACCUUUCUUAAUAUACCUUGCAUGGGCUUUAUCGGUACGAAGCGUUAUAUACGCGCGUUAUCGGAAAAUAGGGUAUCUAAUUUAAGAUAUAGGCUUAUUAUAGAAAUGUUCUUAGUAUGUUUUACGUGCAUUUACGUACGAGGGAUGAUUCGUUGGCCGCUUACAUAUUUAAUUUAAACGAUUCAUAUAAGACUGUUUGUGUAAGAGUUGUAUUUAAAGAUGUCUGCCGAUUAUUCAGUCGGAGGGCCAUACCUGUAGCAAUGUAAUCGAAAACAAAUGAUUUACUAAAAAUCCAUAUUAAUUAUGUAAAGUCAAUAUUAAAAGCUUCUUCGAGUUGAGAUGCUCCCAAAUGUCCUUGUCAGUCAAGCAUUCAUUUGGGAUACCCUCAACUGUAAGAAGCUUUUGAGAAUUUGAGGGAUUAAAAAAUGUGUUUAAAUACAUUGCUGAAAUGGUGUGACUGAGAUAUGAAUGUGUUUAAGGUUUGUGUUAGUUUAACUCACGCAUAGCAAUAGAUCCCCAUAGAUCACACGUAGGUAACAAAAUAGUAGUACAAUUUGAUUAACUACACUUAUUUUAUACCUGGUGUUAUGUGUGCAAUGUAAAACAGAUGUCUAACUUAUUUUGUAGGUGCAAGCCAGUCAAAAAAUCUAAAGAUUUGAUUUGUCUUUACGGCAUGGCUACAUUUUUCUUAUCUUCAACAAAUCUACUGAUAUUUGGGCUGGGUUGUAUGUCUAAAAGGCAAAAGUAUUCGCAAAGUCAACGGCGAAAAAAUUAGAAAAGUAUUGUUCAUUUUAAAUGAAAGGUAUAUUGAUUGCUUAAAAACGCACAAUACCAUCAGUUUUAUAUUCCACACAUAUUAUACUGUUUAAGGUAAUAUAACCAAUAACCAUAGAGAACAAACAAGUUGGUUUAAACAUAGCUUCAGAAUAUAUCGUUGUGCCAAAAGACUUAUGUACCAACAUAUCGAUGCCAUAUUUUCUUUUGAAAUUAUUUAACCCUUUUGGCUGCCACGCGCUUUUUCGACUGCCAAAUAAAAUAACAUUAAAUGCGCAUUAAAAUGUCUGUAUGUACUACUAAUAUGUGCUUAUAAAAUGCAAAACAUAAUGAGGUCAUGUAAAAUGAUAUUCCUAUUGUUUAUGUUCCGCCUAAAGGGAGAAGUUGUGUGGCAGUCAAAAAGUCUAUGAGAUUGAAAAGUCUUCAGUAUUAAGCGACAUGAUAUGACAUUAUUUCUUAUUGUAUCGUCUGAAUUAGAUGUUUGUUAGCUACUAUACCAUGAUUACAAUAUCAUACAAAGUUUUAUCCGUAACUAAAUAAUGCUACACAGUGCACAACUUUCCAAUACGGCUUAGGGCCAGUUGCGCAGAUCUGAGUUAAAGUAAACCCUGGGUUAAAAACUUAAUAGUUAACAUCAAUUCUUCUCUCUCAUUAUUCGUAUUUAUCAAGAGAGAUAGCAUGGUUUUUAACACAGAUCUACGCAAGCGAGCCUUUGAUGUUUUUUUUAACAACAAACAUCUAAUUUCGACGAUGCAACCAAAUGUUUAGUGGCACGCUUUAUGUAAUAGAACACGUAGUGUAGUGUAAUGUAAUCGUGUAAUACAUAAGAUCUAGAAUUAAUUACGUAAUUCCUUUUAGGAUUCUUAUUAUAAUUUUUCUAUUUGAUAUUUUAAGUACUUUACCAAUGUUUUUAUACUAACCUGAUGAAGACAUUGCUGAAGCAUGAGAUUUUGUGUCCAUUUAUGUAUGGAUAAAAUAAAGUUAAUUAAUUA